AUGGGGCCAUGGACAAGAGAAGUCUUUCUCCAUAUUUUGCCUAAGCUUCUGAGGAUGUCAUCAGGUGUUGAGAAGAAUUUUCAUGCAAUUUCUGAAGCAGCACCUUCAAUUGAGUACAUAUCAGGCACUGUUCAACAGAAUGAAAGUUUAGUUCGAGCAAGACGAAUGAGAAAACAAGCGGAGGCUCUUCAGUCUAGCUUGAACUUCGGCUCUAUGGAAGAACUAGCCAUAUACAAUCAGAUGGAAUGUUCUAUUAAUGAAGUUAUCAAAGUGCUAUUGCUCUUCGAAGAGAACUACGAAUCCUCGAGGAAGGAGAAACGUCUAGAGUCUGAUUGGAAAUAUAUGGCGAACGUACUAGACCGUGUUUGUCUUCUGUUAUAUUUUAUUUUAUUUCUAUCAAUAUCAUUGGCUUUGAUACUUUUUCCGAAAUAA